AUGCUUGGGACCUCCGGCGAUGGCUUAAUCACCAAGCUCACCUCGUACCUCACAACCGAUAAAGAGGCAGCCCUCAACACUCCUCCUUAUACACCUGACCAGGAGCGCCAACCCCACUUUGCUUUCGCAACAACAACGCCGCAUGAUGCCGAGACAACGAGCAACGAUCGAACUGACACGUCAGCGAGUCAGCCCUCGAAGGCGGGUUCUAGGCGGUCGCUGAAACGAUCCGCGAGCGAACUGGUUAUACCGAGCCAAGAACGGAAUGAGCGCUUGACUGCGAUUGCCGCGUUGGAGGCGGUGCGCUCGAAGGAGGAUGGGCGCCAUACAACCCGUCCGAUCCCAUCUCCGACACGUAGCCAGCUACGGCCUCCACGACCCGGCUCUCAGCGCUCCAUCAGCAACUCCAGAUACGAACUAAAAUCUCAGUACCACGAUCCAAACAUUUCAUCUGCUAGCCUUCAGAAGCAACUCGUCGAGCAGACAAAGUCCAUGGCCAAGCGAUCUCAAACACCCGAGCCGAAUAAGAACCAGAUCAAGAAGGGUGCAAGGCCAAGUCCCAUCAGGUCCACUGCUGUGCGUUCAAAGUCAGAGCCAGACCCAGCAAGAGCGUUUGCAAACCCAAAGACGCGCCAUGGGAACGCGAAACUGAAGCCAUGUAUAAAGAAGAAGGCGAAGAGUACCACAACCACACCACCGACCGGAUUGCAACAAGAAAGCAUCAACGCCGAGCUCAAGACCUUGCGCCGCGUGAAGACUGUCGAUUUCGAAGAAAGUGGUUCGAAGCAAUCGAUUACGUUACCCCCGGCACCCAUCACGGAAGAAGUCUCGACUCGGAUUCUAGCAAGUGAUACCGGAGAGAGGUUCAGGUCGGCCAGCAAUCAUACAGAACUCGCCAAGUCAUGCCCAUCAUGCCCGAACACGAUGAACAUAGCGAAGAGCGCUGCAGCAGAGCCAGCUACUACACGGACAGACGUACAUGUCAUCGCCAUAGCUCCCUCGUGGGACGCGCAAGGACUCACCCAUGAUGACAGCGCUGACCCAGCAACACCUACAAUGCAAAUCAUCGAGACAAAGAGUGGCAGCUAUGAGGUCAUCUGGGACAAUGUGCCAGAAGAGCAUACCAUCAGGACACGGGGACGACGAAGCUCGUCAGCAAGUCAUGCCUUGGAAACUGCCAGCCCGAGCGCCAAACGUGGUGGCCUUGACCGAGUCAACUCGAAGCUCGCAGGAUGGUCGGGAACCUGGAAUAGCCCGUCAGACAGCUUCAAGCCCACCAUUGUGGUGUUCCCUGAUGAUGAUGGUCGAGCCACUCGCUAUGACUGCGCAGUGGACGACGACGAAGACCUGGCAGCAACAGUACCUCCAAAUAGCCGUAUCACAAGCGGAGCGCAUUCUAGCGUCUCAUCACGUCCCGUAAGCGCGCCUCUGACCAGGAGCGUGUCGUGUGAGGAAAUAUCACUUCAGCACGCCCUACAGGUGACGCCGCCGCACGCUCCAGGAGCAGGAUCACCACCCUCCGAGCACACUCUUGUCGUGCCCAAUGUCGAGAUCCCGCAUACCAGAGGAAGAAACACCAAGCCAUCGCCAAUGAUCCGAAAGCUCUCGAAUCUCGAAGAAGCAGACACCAAAUUUCGCGACCAUCGCGAUUCUGUUACGAUCGCGCACUCUCGUAUUGUGCAUUCGGGUGGUGUGUCGCCUGAACUGUUUGCUCAUAGGGAUUCUGUUUCGCUGGGAAAGAAGCGCAUGCACGCGCGUAACCAUGCCGCAUCAGCAGCACGGUCGUCAUCGAGCAGGAAAGAGUUGUCUGUUGAGGCACUCGGUCUCUUCACUGAAGAGGAUAUUUCAACGGUGACGUUGCCGACCGUCAAGGAGCAUGCCGCACAAGCGCUUAGAAACAGCAGCGAACCUUCCAUCCUUCACCCGCCGCAGCAGACUCCUAGUAAACGCCACAUACGGAUAGUGGAGUGA